AUGGAUGAUGAUGAAUCUACCUCAUUUCAUGAAUUAUCAACAAAUGAUAGAGUAUGCAAUUUAAAAUAAAUAUAAACUUGGUUUCAGAAUCAAAAAUUAGCCAUAACAAAUACUGAGUUAUUUACAACUUAAAUAUUUGAUGACCUUAAAAAAUAAUGUGAAUAAUAAAAUGAAAUCUUAUAAGUUUCUCCUGAAUUCCAAGAAACAAAAGAGUUAAUCAAUUCUUUUUAUAAUAAAGCAUAAAGAAUUUGUUUGAAAAUUAAGAAAAAAACAGAGCCUCGUUCUUAAUUGUAAGAAAGAAUCAAAUAUUAGAAAGUAAAAGAAGAUGAGGAAGUAGAAAAGAAUAGAGAAAUACUUAUAGAAGUAAAGAAAAAACUACUAUGUAUUAUAAGAAUAUCUAAAGGGAUUCCAUUUGUUAUUAAUUUUAUAAAAAGUUAAAAUGUGAGAGAUAAAUAAUACAAACUUACUUUAAUGGUAGAAGAUGCUUUAUUAGAUGGUAUUAAUUGGUAUUUAAUGUUGUAUAAUAUUAAAGAAAAUUAAUGGAAUAAAGAAUUACCAUAAGAAUGUAAACUUAAAGAAAUUCUUCAUUAAUUGUUGGAUAUUAUCUGGUUAUAGAGACAGGAUUUAAAAAAUGAAUUAAAUGAAAUCUUUUUUAGAUUGAAAAAGACUUAACUUAUCAAAUUACUUGAUAAGUAAGCUGAAAAAUUUGAAAAGAAUGAUAAAUUUACAUAAUAAUCAACAAAAAUUUUACAAAAAUUAUAAGAAUUUUGUAAUGGACUUGAAACAAUUAAAUUAUCACCAAAUAAGGCAAAUGGUUUAUAUUAUUUAUAAAGGAUUUUAUUAUCAUAUUGUUGGGUAAAAUAGAUUGAAUUAUCAGAAAUGUUAUUUCAUACUAAAAUUACAGGUAGAUUAGAUAAAUUAAAAUAAGAUAAGGAUCAUAGUAAUGUUAUAAGAUUAAGAUAAAGAAUUACAUUUUUAAGAUUUGUUUAUAGAAUACCAGCUGUUAGAUCAUGGUGUGAAUAAAAUUAAAUUAUUCCUUUUGAAAUGUAAUCUAAUAUUCCUCAAUAUCUAUAAGAAGAAUACGAUUAAUUCAUGAGUGAUAAAAAGGAAAGAUUAUUUUCAGAUACAAAGGAAGAUUAUUUUAUUGAAUCUUAAUUGAAAUUCCUUGCAAACAAUUUUCAACAUUAUAAGAAUAAAAUUAGAAUUAUAUUCAACGAUCUUAGAUUCAUUCAAAAUAAAUUAGAAAUUUAUGAACUUUAUUAAGAAUAUGUGAAUAAAUAUGAUGGUGAUAUAGAUAAAGUUUCAAAUCUUUAAUUUUAAAAAUAAUAGAAAGAUAUUAUUAUAGCAUGCUGCAUUAGACAUUUAGAAAUUAAAUUAUCAAAUGAAGACUUCACUAAAUCUGUUUUGCCUUUAGUGAAAUUUGAUUUUAUAUUAAAAAAGGAAAAACACUUUUAAUUUUAGUAGACUUCUUAUGAUAAAUCUUAAUACUCCUUUUUAGCAAAACCUUCACUUGUUAAAAUUUUUCUUAUUGAUAUUUUAGCAUAAGAAUAACCAUUUCCAUAUAUUUUUGAAUUUAUAUAUUAUGAAGAUGGAAAAUUGUAGUAGUCUAUUAAAAGUACUACUCUUUAAGGAUAAUUCUUUUAUUGUCCAUAAAUACGAGAACAUUUAUCAAAGAAAUAUUAAUUUAAUAUCAAAUUAAUAGAAAAUUAAAAUAAAGUUACUUUUACUUAUUUACCUACUAUUCAUUAUGAUUAUGUUAAACCAGCUGCAACUAUAUCAUGGGAAGAUAUUUUAUUACAAGAUUUGAAACUUAUUUCUUUACAUAGAAAUUAAUUAAUAGACGAAAUUCAUUUUAUGGUUCGUAGUAACAAGUUUCAGACAAUCAAGCAAUAAAUAUAACAAGACACAAAGUACUUUAAUGAUCAUUUAAAAAUUAUGAAUGAUUUAGAAGUAUUUAAUAAUCAGCUAUCAAAUGCUAAAAAAUUGAGGUGUAUUUGA